AUGAGUAGGAAAAACUGCAAAGUGACGUGCGCACCGGGUGCGUGUCUCGCGGGCGGGUUGCCGUUGUCGUCGGCGUCGGGCUCCGUGGGCUCCGUGGGCUCCGUGGGCUCGGUGGGCUCGGUGGGCUCCGUGGCGGCGCUGUCGCUGGCCGACGCCAACGAGCCGCUGAGCGCGAUGGACGCCUCGGAGCCGUUCCACGCGCCGGACUCGGCCGUCGCCGCCGACAACCCCGACGCACCGCAUUCGCCCGACGCGCCUGAGCCUCGUCACGAAACACCCUUAUGCUCGUGCACACUUUCUAUUCCCUCACUGUAUUCUGACUACUCAACUUAUAACUAUACGCGAAAACUGAUAUCAACAAUG